CCCACACUUUGUUUCUUCUAGUGAAUAUUCCGGUCAGUGGAGAGAAGAAGAACGUCACUGGAAAUUUCGCCGGAAAAUGGACGAGUCAUGGAGAAUGCGAAUGGGCCAAACGCCGGGCCUCCCUCGCCGGAGAUCCAUGGAGGACCGCUCCUCCGCCAGAACUCGCCUCUCCAUCUUCGCCGGUGCCGGCGCUGGCGAGCAGGAAACCCUCGACCCCGACGACUUCGCCGACGUAUUUGGCGGCCCGCCGAGGAGCCUCCUGGCGCACAAAUUCUCGAGGUCGAAUUCGUUCUACGAGGAGAUUUUCCGGCCGCCGGUGUUCGCGUCUCCGGCACCGGCGAAGGGCGGCCGGAGCCUGCCGGUGUUCCGGAUUCCGGCGAAGAACGAGGCGUUCUACAACGACAUAUUCGGGUCGGACGACGACCGGCGGUCGCGGGAGCGAUCGGGGCCGCAGUCGAAGGCUAAAUCGAAGUCGAAUUCGUCGUCGGCGUUGAGCUCCGAGGAGCUGAGCCCUCUCCGGCCGUCGGCCGGUGAUGACGCGGCAUUGUCUGCCUUUGCUUCCAAGCUCAGUGAUUGUUGCAGGCCAAUCAAUGUCCCGUGCAGAUGGAACUCAACCACUAUGAUGCCAGGGGAACACCCAAUUAAACAAGGGGGGCCAUUUUAUCCAUGCAAUAGUCAGUCAUUUGAAAAUCAGUUUCAGGACAAUGAGUACAAGGAGAGCUUCAAGAGUUCUCAUUUGGGAUUCUCCAGAAGAGUCUCCUCGCCCGAAACUAUUAGUCUCGAAUCCAAUUCAUAUCAAAGCAUGAAAAUAUCUGCUGACGAUUGGGAACUCAGUUCCCCAUUUUCUGCCGUCUCUGGACUUUGUCAAGAACCUGAGGCCAAAUCUUCAGUCCAUGAUCACUUGUUUCCAGAACUGGUUAUAGAGCAGGAUGAUGACGACGACGAUGAAGUUAUGAGCUCCUAUGUCAUAGAGGUCAACUCCAAUCUCAGAGAGGAAAGUUGUGGAACAGCAGACAUUGAUGAGGCAAUAGCAUGGGCUAAGGAGAAGUUUCAAUCACGAAAUUCUGAUGAAGAAUCAAGCUCGAGAAAUGAAGGCAAUGAGCAAACUACUACAAGGGUGGAAGGAAGGUCUGAUGCAGAUGAAUGCCACGGUGAUGGAAUAGAAGUUAAAUCUUCGAAGGUACAAACAGAAACAGAGAAGUUGGACAGAGAUAUAAGAUUGUGGUCAUCUGGCAAGGAAACUGACAUCCGGCUACUCCUUUCAACGCUACAUCAUAUUUUAUGGUCCGAGAGUGGCUGGUAUGCUGUUCCUCUUCCGAACCUAAUAGAAAGUUCACAAGUGAAGAAGGCCUAUCAGAAAGCAAGAUUAUGCCUUCACCCUGACAAACUGCAGCAAAGAGGAGCGACACUCCUACAAAAGUAUAUUGCAGAGAAGGCUUUCUCCAUUCUUCAGGAUGCAUGGACUGGGUUCAUUUCUGAAGAUGUUUCCUUAUAAACAGUAGGCGACUCCAAUUCCUGAUAACUCAUUUUUGGUUUAAAGCUCGUGGACAGACAUCAAGAUAGACAUUUGGAAUGACAAAAGCGAUCAUUUCCAUGCGGCAAAUACAUGAUGUAUAUGAAAUUUGAAAAUAGCAUGUCCUUUGUGCAAACAAUUGACUGAUGGAUCUGCUGUUUUGUGUUUGUACCAUAAGUUGUUUGAUAAUUUGGUAGGCAUUAUUUUGGAAGUAGUUAACAGGUAGUUAUUAGGUUGGUUUCAGAUUUUCAGUAUUUGAUUGGUAUAUGAUGACAUGAAACCAAGAAAUCAGCUUUUUGUCAUUCUUUUGGAGCCUUAUUCAAUUCAGAUCUCAUCAACUGCAGCCCAUCUACAUUUUGAGCUUUCUGCUAGAUAAGCUUAUCAAUUAUUAUACAUACUCUCAGAUUUCUUGUCAUUUUCCCCUACGACAGAGAUUUCUUGGUGUGUCUACACAUGGUCAAAUUGUAAAAUUGGAAUAUUUGAUAUCCUGAGUUACUGCUGUGAACAAGACCUGGAUCCAACUGUAACCUCCAUUUAAAUUUCCAUUCUUACACGUAUUGGCUACUCAUAGGAAAGUAUGAAAUCUCUUAUGAUGUAACUCCAUGUAGAGCUUGUAGGUCUUGAAUCUUCUUUAUCAAUGAAGUUCUUUGUUUCUUGAAGAUCAAUGGCAACGGACUGAAGAAGAAAAAAAAGGUGAUUGAAGACGCUACUUCAAAGAGAAGAUGAGUCAAGAACAAGUUUAUCACCAUAGGAAGUCAUGAAUAAGUGUUUGAAGGUAAAAGAAGAUGAGUUGAGGGAGAGGGAGAUAAAAGGCACGAAAUUCAUAUCUCAAAUGUAGUCUGAACUUUGAAGUGAAAUUUCUAUCCAAUGCCUUUGGGAGAUAGGAUUAUAUCAUCUUACACUUAUAUAAUGUACAUGUAAUAUUUUCUUUUUAGACGAACGCUUAAUUAAAUUCCAUUCUUGCA